GUAGUCAGCUGACCCCGCCCGGAUGGCACGUGACACUUACGUCACCUCGACGGGAGCAACUCCAUUGUAGACAAAGCAGCAGCCGCAAAAUGGACAUGAAGAAGAGGAUCCACCUGGAGCUUCGGAACAGGACACCGGCCGACGUAAAAGAGCUUGUCCUGGAUAAUUGCCGGUCAAAAGAUGGAAAAAUAGAGGGGUUGACAGACGAAUUUGAAGAACUGGAAUUUUUAAGCACAAUCAAUGUCUGCCUCAGCUCUGUCGCAAAUUUACCAAAGUUAAACAAAUUAAAAAAGUUGGAGUUGAGUGAUAACAACAUCUCUGGUGGACUGGAAGUCCUGGCAGAAAAGUGUCCAAGCCUCACACACCUCAAUCUAAGUGGCAACAGGAUAAAGGACCUGAGCACAUUAGAACCUCUGAAAAAAUUAGAGAGCCUAAAGAGCUUAGACCUGUUCAACUGCGAGGUCACCAACCUCACUGACUAUCGAGAAAAUGUCUUCAAGCUCCUGCCCCAGCUCACUUAUUUAGAUGGCUAUGACCGUGACGAGAAGGAAGCUCCUGACUCUGAUGCUGAGGCCUACGUGGAGGGCUUGGAUGAUGAUGAUGAUGAGGAGGAGGAUGAGGAAGACUACGAUGAUGACGUGCCACCAGGUGAAGAGGGCGAGGAGGACGAUGACGAAGAGGAGGGAGAAGAAGAGGAAGUAAGCGGCGAAGAAGAGGAGGAUGAGGAUGAGGCUGACCAAGACGAAAAAGGUCAGAAAAGAAAACGGGAGCUUGAAGAUGACGGAGAGGAGGAUGAUUAAUCCGCAGGACAAGGUACAUGAGGAGCGCGCCUUGUGACUGACAAAGAGGACUGAACCCCAAGAACCUUUUUUUGAAAACCCUGUUGUACUUUGACUGUUUUUACCUUGAAUUGCCCUGACCUUUUAUCUCCUGAUUUGUAAGGUUGCCGUGUGCCGGACAGAAACCACAACAAGAGUCACGCUUGGUAUUUUUACUGCUGUUCUUGCAAGUUUUUCUAAUUAUGAGGUUUAUUUUGUGUUUUGCCACUUAUUUCAGUACAGCCCCAGUCUUUCCAGUGGCCAUUACUUGUUUUAUUGUUUUGGGGGGAGUUUAGGUUUAGUUUUUACUCCAUGUCCUUCCAGCUGCCUUUGAAGAAAGACUUAAAGUUACUUUGGGCCUCAUGCAUUAAAUCUGUCUCAGAGAAAAAGUGGUCUUUUUACCCAUACACACUUAAUUUUUUAUUUAAUUGCAAACUAUAAAAUAAAAAGCAUUUUUUUGCUGGUUAUGGGCAAUAGGGUUGCUUUUAUUUGAGAUAUGUUAAUAUGUGAGGACCAGUGAGAAUCCCUCUGCUGUGCUCCACUCCUGGUUUGUCCUUUUAAAGGGAUUGUGCAAGAGUAGUGUUUUUUUGUUUGUUUUUUUUUGGGCUGGACCUGUAAAGGAAAGCUUACUUACCUUCAUCCCUCCACUAGCUUACCACUCCUUCUCCUCCCAGCCUGCAAUGCUCCGCUGGACUCCCUCACUUUAAACAUCCGGUUUGACUUGGCUUGCAGCCAAUCGCUGACCACAUCGGAGACUGGAUAUCCUUGCGGAGCAUAGGCAUUGAGGAGGAGUGGGGAGUCAGUGAAGUAAUCUUCCCAGGUCUGGCAACAAAAAACAAACUCAUUCUUGCACAACCCCUUUAUUGGGGGGCUCCAGUUGUAUAGAGUGACUAUGACUACUCACCCCCUUUGCUGUAGAGAGGAGGUGGUAUCCAUAUGACAUUGCAUCAUACAAUAGCAUUCAGGUGAUUGGCUGUAGAUGGCAUUCAUACCCAUGGUUUAAUUGGACCCACAAACCCUGAAGGCCUCAUGCACAUGACUGUAUCCUUUUUUCCGGUCUGGAACUUGCGGAUCCGCAGAUACCGGCUGUGUGCGUCCCACAUUUUCCUUUCCACGGGUUCUGCAGUAUAUUACAAAUGCCUAUUCUUGUUCUUCAAAAUGGACAAAAAUAGUACAUGUUCAUUUUAAUUUUUUUGCUGGGGCCAUGGAUGGACAUAUGGAUGAGGACAGCACACCGUGAAAUGAAUUUGAACUGAACGGAUCUACAGAUGCAGGCGGAAACCACGGGUGUGUGCAUAAGGCCUAAUUGUGAUAUUUGUCACAGAUCAAGGCUGUCACUGAGGCUGCUAUGACCUCACUGGUUAUAGGAGAAAUGUGUGUGGUAUACAGAUUAGCAACGUAAUCAAGUCACUGAAAUGUCUCUUGACCUUUGGGGGCCUUAAAAAAAAAAAAAAAGUAAAACAACAACUCAUAACAUUAAUAAAAAUAAAUACCCCCUGAAAUAUCUGAACAUGUGUUGCGAAAAUAAAUGGUGGCCAUUGGUAGGCAAAAAUUUAGAUUCUAUUUAUGUGGUUUUACGUGAUUAGAAAAGUGAGUGCAAAAAAGUGCAUAUUUUUAAUAUUUUUACUGAAUAAAAGGCGAAUAUUUCUACAAAAAAAA